AGGCUGAAGAUAAGAGGCUGUGUGAGGAGGAAGGCGAAGCCUCUGUCCUGCAGCGAUAGGCAAAUGACACGUGUCAAGCGUGAGAGAUACUGCUCAGGGAAAGGAGCCUGCAGUGCUGUGAGCCGUGUUGGGGGGCACUUAGAGCAGUGGUGGCAGAAACUUCAUUUCCUGAGUAGGUACCCUUCCACAUUCAGUUUUUUCUGUUUUACUUUUGCUUAGUUAUGCAAACUCUUCCUGUUGUUUUUCAUCAAACGGCACUGGCCUGGGAAGGCUUCUGAGGCAGGGACUUCAGGUUUGUAGGAUUCAGGAAACUGAAGUGGUAUCCAUGAGCACAUCUGUUUAAAUUAAAUACUGAAUUUUAGAAGCAAAUUGUGGGUGUAGAAUUGUACAGAUAAGGAGGGAUGAAGGUAACUUCCUUCCUUUUGGUAUAGAAAUGAAGGAGAAACCUUGUUGUGCUUAUGUGAACUGGAAGAAUCAAGUUGAUUAAUAUAAAGAAACAGCCUCAGCUAAAUUCCUAUAUGUAUUAAUAGUAUCGCUGUUAGCUUUAAAGUUGUAUUCAGAACGUACGUAUGAUUCAGCUGUGUAUUUUUAACCAACUCAUUGGACUGGGGUUUUGCAUGCACUUCUAUUUGUAUAGAGCAAAAGUAUGGAUAAAGGAAGAUAAAUACUUAAAGCAUGUGUGAUUAUAGAUAUGGUUAUCUUAAGCAUAUGGUAUGAAAUCAAUGAACUUUUUACAUAGGUAGCAUUGCUGUGAGCUGCUUUUUUCUCAGCGAGUUUUCUCAAGUGCUUUAUUGUAGCCCUGUGCCUUUUGUAAGUAAAUGAAAUGGAACAGUAUCAGUUCUUCAAGAUGUUGGAAUGUGUAGAAGCUGAUGAAACUUUCUGUGGGGAGACAAAAGUCAAACUGAAGAGAAAGCUUGAGUGUUAAGCCCAUCUGAUUAUACGUCAUAGAAAUUGUAUCUUCAACUUGUCCAGUGUUUUUCAGGAUAUUUUUAUAGUCAUUUCAGUGAUAGAAGUUUAACAAGUAUUGUGCUGCAGCAUUCCUAUUAAGUCCUGAGGUUCACUGAUAGUUUCACUGCUGAGAACACUGAGUUACAGGUAAACAGAACUUUCCAGGUCUCAAUUCUCAUCCAGCUUUUAAAUAUUCUUGUUAAGUCUCUAGCAGUGGCUGAAGACAAAGCAGGUCUUCUGGAGCUUCAGUUCUGCCCUUUGGGGAUGGAUAAAGGAUUACGAUUUGUUCAUUUUUUUUCCCCUCCUAAAGACCUGAGUAAUUAUCACUUACGUAGCUGUCUGUCUUGACUGGUUUCAAAGGUUGAACUGGGAUAUGAACCAGCGUCUGCUGAAGAUGAGUAUGCAGCCGUAUUUUUGCCUUUGCGUUCCAGUUUUAAGGAGUAAAAAAAAUAAUCUAACAUUUGCUUUAGGCCAGUCUGGGGAAUGACUAAUCAAAUGACAGGAAAAGGGUUUUGGUUCUUGUAGACAGGCUUAUUUGAGGUCACAGUAGAUACAGCACUAGGACGCAUCAAUGUUAAGUCUUUGCUGUCAGAACAGUGAGAUAUGUAUUAGGUUGUUUAUAAGUCUUCAGUUUGUAUUUUGUAUACUUUGUGCUUCCAGAAGAGUGGAUUGCUGUUUUUUUGAAGUGCAUGUAUUGCAGGUUUUUUUUAUUUGGAGGAUGUGUGCUAAAGCAGUUAAUAGUCCAGUAUUUAGACUGAGAUUUUUGCCCAGGUUAUACAAGUAUUUAGUAAGCUAAUUCUUACUUUCUUACUCACUGCUUGAUACUUUCCCAGCUGUUUUAUUACUCAUGUGACCAACAAUUCCUUAAUAAUGGGGGAAUGAGUAUUCUCAUUCUGUGUGAACUGGUCCACCUUUCCUUGCAAUUCUUAAUUCCCUUUCUUCUGAGAAGAGAGAACUGACUCUUCUGAGAAGAUUCAAUUUAGUGUUCUUUUAUACCAAGUAAAACAGAAGUCAUUGGGUCACACAUAGGACAUUGCUCACUUUAGUAAAUGCUAGACAGUCUUGAAGAAUUGUUUUGUUAUUUGGUGUCAAUUUUUUGCCCUGGUCAAUGAAAUGUUAUCCAGAGAGGGAUUAUUGGUAGGAUCACCUUGGAAAUAAGUGGUGCUAUUAGGAGGGAAAAACACUUCUGUGGCUUCCAGUGCUUGAGAAGAAAGUAGACCUGAAACUUUCAUUGACAAAUAAACCUCAAAUAGGAAAUAAUACAAUAUUAUAACCAACACAGCUGAUGAAAAAAGUAAGCAUUUCUUUACUGAUAAGUACAUUUUACAGAAACUCUUACUGAAAAUCAAGCUGUAGCCACAUACAGAGCAUUGCUCAGACUCAUAAUUGGUCAGAAUGUGAAAAGUAGGUUCUGCCAUGAGCUUCCUGAAAUGUCUGUGCCACUAAUUAACUAAAUGUUGUGCAGAGACUUUCUCAGCAAGUUCCAACCUGAGCUAUUCAAAGUACACCUGUCAGAAUAAGUACAUGGGCUUUGUAGUUGCUGCCAUUUAAUCAAAGAAGGUAGUGUGUGUUCUCUCAGCUAACUAAUGAGUCUUUUCAUCCCUUCACUAAUUAAACCAUUUUAAUCUCCUGCAUUGAACAAGUCAAAGAUGCUUCUUGAUAGGUAUCACACAAACUUCUUCAUUAGAAGAACAGGAAAUCAGAGUAAGAUAUUGGCGUUUGUUUGGCAAAAGGGUGUUUUUUCCAUUGCUGAUGUAGCCUUUGUUCUUUGAUUCUAGUGUGUUGUUAAACAUAACAAAUAGUUAUAGGUAGUGUAACUUAACAGUUUUCUGCUUUCUUUCUCAUGUGUUUUAUUUCUUGUUGUAAAGCAUGAGGUAGUUCAUCUUUCACAAUCACGCAUUCAUUGGCUGAGCAAGUUGGGAAGUCAAACAAAAUCUGAACAGAAGUCCACCAAGUCGUUUGGUGCUUGCAAACAGGUGCUUUCUGAAUGAUGCUCAGACAGUACUGCAGCUACAUGAACAGAGCAGGAGAGUAAUGUGCAAGAUCUUUCCCUGCUUUGUUCAGCCACUGGGCUUUCUAGAGUUACAGGUUAGUUCCCUUUGCUAUUGUGUAACAUGUAGUACAAGAAAGAUUAUGAAGAUAAUUAUCUAUUGAGAUAAUCUGCUAAGUUUUUGCCUAAGAGGUUGUUACUUGGUACUGGCACAUCAGUCUGUAGAUGCCAUUAGCUAAAGUUAUUAUUAAAUGGAGUAAUCUGACAAUUAACAUAGCCCUGUUUUGGUUUUUUUUGUUGCUGUAAUGCAUUUAUAAACAUGACAAAUAGUGUUCUCUACUAUGUUGUGGAUCUCUGAUUAAAGUUACUAAAUGAAUUGAGUACAGCACUGCAAGUAUGGGCCUUAGUUUUUUGAGCAGUUCCAUGCUGUUUCUCAAAAUAGUAGUGGACUCUUUCUAUGCUGUGAAGUAAUCACGUGGAUGCAGGGCGUACUCUAAAUAUGUCUGUAUUAAAUUCUAGCUAUCAUGAGUUCAGAACUUCAGCAUACAACAAACAUUAGUUUGAAAUGCUUAUAGUUAUCAUUCUUAAGUGACUCCACUAAUUUUGUUUUUUCCUGUUUUAAAAACCUAAGUACUUGUCCAUUUAGAUCAGUGCAGUGGCAUCAGAGCUUUAAAAUAUAAUAAGUAGUUCCUAUGUUCCUUUUGCUGACAGAAUGUAUUGAUAUGAACAUAAAAUGGAAAUUAGCAGAUAAGUACCAAGGUAGAUGUACUCUUUGACUUUGUUUCCUUUGACAUACAGGAUUUAGUCCUGUUGGAAUUAAAUACUGGAAUAAAAAAGUCUUAUUUUAAACCUUUUUUCCUGGUAUGUUAAAACGAAUGCAGUAAUAGAAAGAUAUAAAAUAUAUGUAGGUAUUCAGAUAUCCAGUCACAGCUUCACUCUUGUUGUAUUCAUAAAGAUUUGAGGUUUAUGUCUGAAACUUGUGUGAAGGUAGCUCUAGAGAAUGGCAUAAUUGAGUUGCAUAGUUGAUUUUUUUUCUUUCAGUUUGUGAAUAUCUUUGAUUUCUUUUGCAAACGCUUGAAGCUGAUAUUUUACACUUCAUUCCUUUGAAAAUGAAUGUCGUGUGCCUUCCUGUGAGCUGCUUCUUUAGCAUUUUACUAUAUUUUUCUUGUAUUGAUCAAAACAAUAUUCUCAAAACUAUGCUGUUACAUUAUAACUAAUAAAAUGAUAACUGAAAACUCCCAACUCUUCAGUUUUUUUUCCUGUAAACCCAGAUAAAAUGGUAUCCAACUCAUUCACAGUUUCAUGCACUGAGAAAGCGUGUUGGCAAUUCUUUGUUCUUGUUUUGCAAUAUUUGGCAUGUAAUCCGCUUAUGUCAAACGAAAGGUCUUAGCACUGGUUCUUGAAAUAACUUCAAAAAGAACAUGUUGUCCGUGUUCUAAAAAAACUAAGGGGUAGAAUUGGUAAAAAUUAUUUGAUUGAACUCAGUCUCUGAGGAUUGUGACUGUACUCCUUACGUGGCUGUAUGGCUCCUUUUAUGGCAACAGAUGGAUUUCUUAGAUGAUUGGUUCUGUAAAACAGUUCAGCAUUCAGCAUUGUUAAGCAGAAUGCUUCAUCUGAGAUAAAUUGUUCUGUAGGUCCACAGUCCAUACCCUUUAAAAAGGAAAUCGUCUAUGGCUGAAGAAGUCAUUGCAUGGCAAAAGGAAUAUUUUCUUGGAGCAGAACCUGAAUGUGAAAUCUCACCUCUUGAUAAGAUACGAUGAGAGCACCUUUGAGAUAAUCUGAAGAUUGAAGCAUAAAUUCUGUUUUAGUGGAUGCUGUAGUUUUGUAAGGCGUGUAUGUGAAAUGUACUUGAUAUACUAUACUGUGUGUUCUCUGUAGUUAACAUCUGAGAAGUGACUGAUUUUGAGCUUUGCACUUUUGAAGAAGUCUGGUGCAGUACUGCAGGAGCUAAAGGAAUUGAAGACGUUUAUUCAUUUGCAUAGUUAGUGUUGAUCAGUAAUGAAUGACAUUAAAGUUAAUGGAGGUGUAACAGUUGCUAGUAAGACCUAGUCUCUUGUUUGUAAAAUAAAUAUUUUUAUCAAUUAGUAAAUGAAAAAAAUAUGAGAAAAACAACGUCCUUUGUUGUACAUGUGUUGUCAUUGCAUACCUUCUGUGGAGGCUUCUGCUUCAGUGUCCCAUGUUCUAUCUGGAAUCCUUUGCAGUAAUGACAGCAGAUAGAAUUAUAGUCAGGCUUCCUGGGUGCUUAUAUUCUUGGCUUGUCCUUCAUUCUGUGCAAUAGAGGUAGAGAACUACAUGAGGAAUCUCUGCUGAUCCGUUAUUCUAACUUCUAUCUCCAGCAGCAGGUAGACAGUUAAAAAUUAACUCUAGAGUCAUGCCUUAUAAUGUCAAAUGUACAGAAACUUACAUUUUAAGUAUAUCUGCCAAUGUUUUUUCAAUAAAAUAUACACUUCAAAAUUGUUUUAAAAGUCUGUUUUUCCUCCCUCAGACAAUUUUCUAUAUGAAUUUACACUCUUAAAUCCAUGGAAGUCCUUUUAAUUAUUUUUACUGUAAGAAUGUGUUUCAGUAGAGUUCAUAGUAGGUCUGUACUGAUUGGAAUGGUGAGCAAGCAGGAAAGCAUAUCCUCUGCUUCUGUGACUUUACAUCUGUCAUCCUAUAACCACAUCAUUUAAGUGUGCUAAGUAUCUCAUGGCGUUCCUGCAUUUUUCAGAAGAAAAAUGAGCGUGAUGAUAAAGCCAGGGUGCAAGAUAAAAGGAAGAUGCAGAUAAAAAGAAAGCAGUGUAAAGAUGAGGCUAAUUCAGAUCAAAAUAAAAAGUUUGUACUGUAAUGUAUAGAAGUUUCUGGAUUGCAAAUACAGAAUCAUAGAAUGGUUUGGGUUGGAAGGGGACCUUAAAGACCUCCCAGUUCCAACCCCUUCGUCUUAGACAGAGUUGUCACCUACUAGAUCAGGCUGCCCAGGACCCCAUCCUACCUAGCCUUGAAUCACACUUCCAGGAGUGAAUCAUUCUUAGCUUCUCUAAAUAAUGUGUUCCAGUGCCUCGCCUCUCUCACAGCAAAGGUUUCUUCCUUACUUCUGACUAAAUCUGCCCUCUUUUAGCUUAAAACUAUUACCUCUUGUCCCAUUACUACACUUGCUAAUAGAAGAGUCCCAUCUUUUCUUGCGUGCCCCCUUAGCUGCCUUCUGGCAUCUGCUCAGUGCUUUCCCUUCUGCAAGUUGAACAACCCCCAGCUUUUAGCAGCCUGUCUGGGUAUGAGAGGUGCUUCAGCCCUCUGAUUAUCCUUCUGGCCCUCCUUUGGACCUGCGGCAACAGUUCUGUGUCUUCCUUGUGCUGCGGGCUUGAGAUCUGAAUGCAGAAUGGCAGAUGGGGCCUAAUGAGGAGUAGAGUAGGGCGGUUGCCUCCCUUGCCCUACUGGUCAUAUUUCUCUUGAUGCAGCCCUGGGUACGCUUGUCUUUCUGGGGUGCAAUAGGAUGUUGUUGGCUUCUGUUGAACUCUUACUUAACCAGCACUUCCAGGUUUUUUUCCUGAGGGCUGCUCUCAAUCCAUUUUCUGCCCAGCCUGUACGAGUGCUUGGGAUUGCCCUGACGCAGGUGCAGGGCUUAGCACUUGGCCUUACUGAACUUGAUGGGGUUCAUGUGGGCCCACCUCUCAAGCCUGUCCAGAUCCCUCUGGAUAGCAUCCCCUUCCUCCAGAGUGUAAACCACACAAUGCAGUUUUGUGUUAUUGGUGCUCUUGCGGAGGGUGCACUCGAUCACCCUGUCCUUGUUGCUGGUGAAAAAGUUAGACAGAGCUGGUCCCGGUAUUUACCCACUCGUCACUGUUCUCUGCUUGGACAGUGAGCCAUAGACUGUAAGUCUCUGAGUUGAGAUAUCUAGCCAAUUCCUUAUCCACUGAGUGGUCCAUCCAGGAUACCAUUUAGAACAACAUCAAAUGCUUGCAGAAGUUCAGGUUGAUGAUUUCAGGUGUUCUUCCCUUAUCCACCAACAUUAUAACCCCACGGUAAAGGCCGCAGAGUUGUCAGGCAUGGGUUGCGCAUAGUGAAUACGUUUUGGCUGUCCCCGGUUGCCUCUGUACACCUUAGCGUAGUUUCCAGGAGGAUCUGCUCCGUGAUCUUGCUGAGCAUAGAGGUGAGUCUGACUGGACUGUAGCUCACCAAGUCUUCUCUUUUUCCAAGUGGGGUUUAUGUUUCCCCUUUUCCAUUCACUGGGAACUUCACCGGAGUACUGUGACUUCUGGAAUACGAUGGAUAGCGUCUUAGCAACUUUACUUACCAGUUCCCUCAGGACCUGCUGAUACAUCUCACAAGAUCCCAUGGACUUUCACAUCUUCAGAUUCCUUAGAUGGUCUCAGGAUGGCAAACCUCAUUUACCUUUAAUUUUAGUUAAGUCUGGGUACAAAAGUCCCUAGAAAUUAAAUGAUUCAGAGUCAUAGAAAGAAUAUGAUUGGUUGAGAUGAAAACCUUUAGAAUAGAAGUGAAAUACUUAAAAUGUCCAAUGCUUAAGUGGAUUAAAUGCUAAAUUUUGUCUGUUAUUUCUGAGGAUGUAUUCUGUAUUAUCCAUGGAUUUUCUGUUCUUUUCAGUUUUUUCAUAUCUCCUAUAGGAUGCUUAGAGAAACGUUGGUACUUCUUGUUUCUGACAGUUGCUGUGUUGAAUUUUGAAGGAAAGUAAUUAAUCUCUAAAUCACCUUUAAUUUACCAUAUUUAAAGGACUAAAGGACCAGAGGAAGAGUAAGACAGCUGGUUCUUCAAGAUGUUCUUAAAAUGCAUAUACAGUCUUCUAAAAUAGAGAAUUAAGAGUUGAGUCUCUGAGAAAAUAGAGGCCUUUAUCUCUUGAUUCAGCUGUCCUCAGACACGCCCCCCAUAUACUUUGCAGUCCUUCAGACACUCAGGAUAAAUAUACUUCUUUGACCUCAUACCAUCUUUUUCUUGCUGUUGUUUCUACUAUUCUAAAUGCUAUUUACAAUGCUAUUGACCCAGUAAUCCCCAGAAGUAGAAGCAGUCUCUCAAAGGUGAAUGCUAGCCUUGUAGCACACACUUUCUUUCUGGGGCAUAGUGUUUUUUCAGGCAUGCUUAGUAAGUUGGAAGCAUUAGACUUUGAAGUGUGUGGAGGAAUUUAUGACUUGACUAUUUUGAAUAACAUUUAUUUUGAGUGAUUUUUAACAGCCAGCGUGCUACUCUGUUUUGUUGAGGUAGCAAACACUUCUUUAAAAUUUUGUUACCACAGAAAGAUUUCUGUAUUUCCAAACCGUAUAGUUGACCUGAGGCUUGCAUGCAGCAGUAAAGAGAGUGAAAUGUGCACCUCUUCUCCAGCGCAGCUGGGAAUCCAGUGGCUCUGCUGCAGAGUUUCAUGUCCUCCCUCUUCUGUCUUCAUCAGGUCGUCCACUAGAGGAAGGCGUUCUGGGGGAUCAUCUGGUUGGGGUCAUUAGCCUCAGUUACGGCUCCAGCCUUCUUCCAUGAUAUCCAGCAGUUAUCCUCUCUCUAUAGCAAGCUGGAAACUGGGUGAAGAAAAAAGCAACGUGAUCACUGGAGUAGUGGUAUUUUUUGAUCAUCUAGGUCAUACAAAGUAGAAGUGGGAGUUGCUCCUUUCAUCCUGUAAGGUAACACUGAGUUGUGCAGAGGAAAAACAAACAAACACAAAACAAGGAGCAGUUAAUUUUAAGAAGGAUUAGCGGCAUGAGGCAGCUCAACAUGGAGCAGCAUGACAAGCUCUACAAGCUUAAGAAAGGGGUUUGGGGGUUGGAAAUAAGCAAGCGGGAGCACGGCUGCUGCUUCUAGCAGCCACUGCAACUAUUCAAGCUGUAACUGCUUGAACAAGUGAAGCGUUGCUGCAUUUGAAGUUUUCAGGCUACCUUGCAUGUGUGGAGUGCUUUCAUUGCAUUGUAAAUCCAGCAGUCCUGGUGAUUUUCCAAAAUAGGCAGAUAUGUUUGUAUUAUAGUGUAAGAGUAUCACAAUUAUUUUUAAAUGGUAGUGAUUUUAGGUACCUCAUUUAGGCAUAAAUUUAUUUCAGUUAGGGUGUAUCAAAUACUCUGACGUGAAAACACAGCUAAAUGCCAUAGAUUGAAGUAGAGGGAAAUGGUAUAACCAAGCAUGUGGUGCUGCAAAUGUUGGAGUUGAAACAGGGGAGCAAUUUGUGUGUGAUGUGAAAUAGGUAACACUGUGAACAUAGGUUCACAGGGUUCAAACUGAAUGUAGAACUUCAUCAAGGGGGACAUGAUUGGGCCAGGCUGUACAUUUGAGUCUGGUAUUUUGACUCUGACAGUUGUCUAAAAUACUUUGUAAAUUCUUAGUGAAUCUCCUUGCAUGAUACCUCAAAGUCUCUUUAAUUGUGGGAGGUGGAUAAGUUGUUUGAAAUCUUUUUUGAUCCAGCACAACAAGUGGGUGUUAAAAGUUGAUAAACAGUGAGGUUAAACAAAAAUAAAAGCGUAUAUAUAUAUUAUUUAAAGUUAAAAUAUUUUCCCCUUACUUUCCAGUCUACUUGCUGUUCCUAUUAAAGUGUGAAUGUAUCAGGUUGGUUUUUUUUGCUGCAGAGGAAACUAUAACACAAGAUACAUGUAGUUAACAGCUCCAACUGAUUUGUUGUGAACUUCUCUUAUUGGUGUUUAGAAAAAUAAUGUCACAUUUACCAGAAUUGAGCUUUAAAAUAUUUUUUAAAAAGUUUUACUUUGGCCAUUAGUAAUGAAUUCUAGGUGCUUUGUUUUCCUCAUUAACUACAACUAGGCUGCAGAAGUAUCUUUUGUAACAGGUCAUGAUGCUCUGUCAUAAUUAAACCCUUACACUUCGAUUUCUGAAAAGUAUUUGUGCCUUUCCUCUAAAAUUCAGCAAACAUGAGUCAGUUUUUUUCUUUAGUAGGCUGGUAAUUGCAUCAGUCUUGAAAGGGAUGGAGGACUUCUGUUCAAUGCUUCAUUCCGAAGGUUUUAGUGCCCCAUUUUUCACUUUCUGGGGUAUGUUUCUGCUCUCCUGGCUGUAGCAGAGAAGCUGCCCUCUGAAGAAGGUCUUUGCUGGGCUGUCAAAAGCAUGGAGCACAACUACUGCAGCUGAGGGGAGAAGUGAGCUGUGGGUCGUUAGAACGCUGAGAUCCGUAAUGCGAAAUGCACAAGGUUAAGUUGUUAGAGUGGAAAUGGCAGUUCAGCUCUGUGAUUGUUCUCUCCUUUCCUGCUGUGUGUUUCGAAGGCCUUUGGUCUUUGUCAUGUUCUGUGCAAAAUGUAGUGCUGUCGGUAUGUAUCUAGCUUAAUGGAUUAGACCUUUUGGAGUAUGUGAAGAUGUUCCUGGAGUAUGGUUGUGGCUGCUGAAGGAUGUGAUCUAGUAGCAACUUGUGACUGAAAAAGAUGUAGUUGAAUUGUAAUGUCUGAAUAUUUCUACACAAUGAUAGUGAAGUAUAAAAUCUGUGGGUGCAGACUACUUUUUUAUGUGUGCAUUAAGCUACAAAAUUUAACUCUGUAUUUGUAAUUGCUGGAAAUUUGCACCCAAGCAGUUACACAGACUUGGAAUUCAUACCCUGAAGUUCCACAGGUUGUGAUGUCAUAGGCAGUACUCACCUGUGUGCAUUUCAUAGGGCUGUAAGGUGCUGAUGCGACAUGAAGUUUGAGAAUUGCUGUUUUAGGCUUAAUCAUCCAAGUCAUUUAGGGAAUGAUAUGUUUUGGAGUUGCAGACAGAGUACCCUUGCUGAAAUGAAGAAGAAAUUUGCACAGGUGGAAAGUGCUGCUGAGGAGCCCAGAGUGCUGUGUAUAAUACAAGAUACCACGAAUUCGAAGACAGUGAAUGAACGCGUUACCUUGAAUGUGCCAGCUUCCACGCCACUUAAAAAGCUGUUUGAAGACGUUGCUUCAAAAGUGGGCUAUGUGAAUGGAACCUUUGAUUUAGUGUGGGGAAAUGGAGACAAUGUAACUGAUAUGACUCCAAUAGAUCAGAACAGUGACAAAACUAUUCUUGAUGCUGGUUUUGAGCCAGGGAAGAAGAACUUUCUGCAUUUGACAGACAAAGAUGGUGAGCAACCUCAUAUAAUGCAGGAGGAGUCAGGUACAACAGAAGACAGUGCCCAGGACAGAUUUAUAGGCCCUCUUCCAAGAGAGGGCUCUGUUGGCUGUACCAAUGACUACGUCAGUCAAAGCUACUCUUACUCUUCAGUCCUGAGCAAAUCAGAGACAGGUUAUGUGGGUCUGGUAAAUCAAGCAAUGACUUGCUACCUGAACAGCCUUUUACAAACACUUUUCAUGACUCCUGAAUUUAGAAAUGCAUUAUAUAAAUGGGAAUUUGAGGAAUCAGAAGAGGAUCCUGUGACGAGUAUCCCCUACCAGCUUCAAAGGCUGUUUGUUUUACUGCAGACCAGCAAGAAAAGAGCAAUCGAAACAACAGAUGUUACACGGAGUUUCGGAUGGGAUAGUAGUGAGGCGUGGCAGCAACAUGAUGUACAGGAGCUUUGUAGAGUUAUGUUCGAUGCUUUGGAGCAAAAAUGGAAGCAAACAGAGCAGGCCGAUCUUAUAAAUCAGCUGUAUCAAGGCAAACUGAAAGACUAUGUACGAUGUCUAGAAUGUGGCUAUGAAGGCUGGAGAAUCGACACGUACCUGGAUAUUCCUUUGGUCAUCCGUCCAUAUGGCUCCAACCAGGCGUUUGCUAGCGUGGAAGAAGCACUGCAUGCUUUCAUUCAGCCUGAGAUUCUUGAUGGCCCCAAUCAGUAUUUUUGUGAGCGAUGUAAGAAGAAAUGUGAUGCAAGGAAGGGCCUGCGGUUCUUGCAUUUUCCUUAUCUGCUGACAUUACAACUGAAGAGGUUUGACUUUGAUUAUACCACUAUGCACAGAAUUAAGCUGAAUGAUCGUAUGACUUUUCCUGAGGAGCUGGACAUGAGUAUCUUCAUUGAUGUUGAGGAUGAGAAGUCUCCUCAGACUGAGAGUUGCACUGAUAGUGGAGCAGAAAACGAAGGCAGUUGUCACAGUGACCAGAUGAGCAAUGAUUUUUCUAAUGAUGAUGGUGUUGAUGAAGGAAUCUGCCUCGAAAGCAACAGUGCAGCAGAAAGAAUUGCUAAAGUUGGCAGUGAAAAGAAUUCUUUACUGUAUGAACUCUUUUCUGUUAUGGUCCAUUCUGGAAGUGCUGCUGGUGGCCAUUACUAUGCCUGUAUAAAGUCUUUUAGUGAUGACCAGUGGUACAGCUUUAAUGAUCAACAUGUUAGCAAGAUAACUCAGGAAGAUAUUAAGAAAACAUAUGGUGGGUCUUCUGGAAGCAGAGGCUAUUAUUCCAGUGCUUUUGCUAGCUCCACAAAUGCAUAUAUGCUAAUAUAUAGACUGAAGGAUCCAGCGAGGAAUGCAAAGUUUCUGGAGUCACAUGAGUAUCCUGACCAUAUUAAGCAGUUGGUACAGAAGGAGAGAGAAUUGGAAGAGCAAGAAAAGAGGCAACGGGAAAUUGAGCGUAACACUUGCAAGAUUAAAUUGUUCUGCAUGCAUCCAACAAAACAGAUAAUGAUGGAGAACAAAUUAGAAGUUCAUAAGGAUAGAACGCUAAAGGAGGCCGUGGGAAUAGCUUACAAGCUGAUGGAUUUAGAAGAGGCUGUUCCUUUAGAUUGCUGUCGUCUUGUCAAAUACGACGAGUUCCAUGACUACUUGGAACGAUCUUACGAAGGAGAAGAGGAUACACCGAUGGGUUUAUUACUUGGAGGUGUCAAAUCAACGUACAUGUUUGACUUACUGUUGGAAACAAGACGACCUGACCAAAUUUUCCAGUGCUAUAAGCCUGGUGAGGUCAUGGUAAAGGUUCAUGUAGUUGACCUGAAGACUGAAUCUGUUGCUCCUCCAAUAAGUGUACGAGCUUAUUUGAAUCAGACUGUUUCAGAAUUCAAACAGCUAAUUUCAAAGGCUACGCAUCUGCCUGCUGAAACAAUGCGCGUAGUAUUAGAACGUUGCUACAAUGAUUUGCGUCUUCUGACUGUUUCCAGCAAAACUCUGAAAGCUGAAGGCUUUUUUAGAAGCAAUAAGGUAUUUAUUGAAAGCUCAGAGUCUUUAGAUCGUCAUGUGGCAUAUACAGAUUCUCACUUAUGGAAACUUCUGGAUCGUCAUGCAAAUACAAUCAGACUGUAUGUCUCACUGCCGGAGCAGUCGCCUGGAUCUCAGUUUAGGCGAUCCAUUUAUCAGAAGCCUAGUGGAGAUCUGGGCAACUUGGAUGAAGCCUGUGAAAGAGUAAAAGGACCUGCAGGCAACAUGAAAUCUGUUGAGGCAAUUCUGGAAGAAAGCACUGAGAAGCUUAAAAGUUUGUCCCUGCAGCAGCAGCAACAGGAGGGCGAUAAUGGAGACAGCAGCAAAAGCACAGAAGCCAGCGAUUUUGAAAAUAUUGAAUCCCCUUCAAAUGAAAUAGACUCUUCAGCAUCAGUAGAAAACAGAGAACUUGAAAACCAAAUUCAGAUUUCUGAUCCAGAAAAUCUCCAGUCUGAGGAACGGUCGGAUUCAGAUGUAAAUAAUGACAGGAGUACGAGUUCUGUGGACAGUGAUAUCCUUAGUUCUAGUCACAGCAGUGAUACUCUAUGCAAUGUGGACAAUGCCCCGAUUCCCUUGGCUAAUGGACUUGAUUCUCACAGUAUCACAAGUAGUAGGCGAUCAAAAGCAAAUCAGGGGAAGAAAGAAACCUGGGACACGGCAGAAGAAGAUUCUGGAACAGACAGCGAAUAUGAUGAGAGUGGCAAGAGUAGAGGAGAAACACAAUACAUGUACUUUAAGUCAGAACCCUACACUGCAGAUGAAGGUUCAGGAGAAGGGCAGAAAUGGUUGAUGGUGCAUGUUGAUAAAAGAAUUACGCUAUCUGCCUUCAAGCAACAGUUGGAGCCUUUUGUUGGAGUUCCAUCCUCUCACUUUAAAGUCUUUAGAGUCUACGCCAGCAAUCAAGAGUUUGAGAGCGUUCGGCUCAAUGAGACACUUUCAUCAUUUUCUGAUGACAACAAGAUAACUAUUAGACUUGGAAGAGCCCUUAAGAAGGGUGAAUACAGAGUCAAAGUCUAUCAGCUUUUGGUAAAUGAACCAGAGCCAUGCAAGUUUCUUCUAGAUGCAGUUUUUGCUAAGGGAAUGACUGUCCGGCAGUCCAAAGAGGAGCUACUCCCUCAGCUUCGAGAGCAGUGUGGCCUGGACUUAACAAUUGACAGGUUUCGUCUACGGAAGAAGACGUGGAAGAACCCAGGGACUGUGUUUCUGGAUUAUCAUAUCUAUGAAGAAGAUAUCAAUAUUUCAAGCAAUUGGGAGGUUUUCUUAGAAAUACUUGAUGGAGUAGAAAAGAUGAAAUCCAUGUCACAACUUGCCGUUUUGUCGAGACGAUGGAGGCCAUCAGAGAUGAAGCUAGAUUCUUUCCAGGAAGUAGUGCUAGAAAGCAGCAGUGUUGAGGAAUUAAAAGAGAAGCUGAGUGAAUUAAGUGGAAUACCCUUAGAAAAUAUUGAGUUUGCAAAGGGUAGAGGAACAUUUCCAUGUGACAUUUCUGUCCUAGAGAUUCACCAAGACUUGGACUGGAAUCCUAAAGUAUCUACAUUGAAUGUCUGGCCUCUGUACAUCUGUGACGAUGGCGCAGUAAUAUUUUAUAGGGAUAAAACGGAAGAAUUAAUGGAAUUAACAGACGAACAGAGAAACGAACUGAUGAAAAAAGAAAGCAGCAGACUCCAGAAAACUGGACACCGGGUAACCUACUCUCCUCGUAAAGAGAAAGCACUAAAAAUUUAUCUGGAUGGAGCACCAAAUAAAGAUUUGACUCAAGACUGAUAUUUGCUAUAGCAUUUUCCCUGGGGAAUUUUUUUUGUUUAAAAUAAGAAGGUUCACUACUACUGUGUAGUGCCAUUACGGCAGGACGCUCAUUAGGUGUAAAGCGCUGACACCAGCACUGAUUGGGCUGUGCUACCAAUCAGCAGCGCAGUGCCCCGUUGGGUCGCUGUUUGACUUGGAAUCAUGUUGUGCACUAUAGUCAAAUGUACUGUAAAGCUAAAAGGGAUGUGCAAAUAAAAGAUUAGAACCUAAAAAUGGGUGGGGAGGGAAAUGAGUGGAAAUUUUUGAGGACAGUGUGCACAUAGUAGCUAGUGAAACUAGCCUCAAACAGGAUACUCAUAGCUUAAUAAUAAAAGCUGUGCAAAGGCCAUGAAAGAAUCCUUUUUUUUGUUUGUUUCACUGAUACACACAUUACCUCAUCAGAGUGUCUGAAGCAAAUGUUAACACCUUGGUUCUAAAAAGCAGCAAAAAGAGGUUGAAGAUGUGAUGGAAGUGCUACAGUUGUAAGGGCUGAGAAUAUUCUUCCAUGCAACGGGUGGUCUUAGAGGGCUGUCGGAAGCGGCCAGCAGGUGUUGGUUCUUUUUGCAGAAGUGCUGUUGUAAGGUCAGCUGGUUUUUAGCAGGUUAUGGAAGCUGGUGAGCAGCUCUGUGAUAUUUCAUCCAAUGUGUAAAUAAAAUUUGCCCUGUCCGUUUAACAGAACUGUAGUUCAGCUAUUUCCCAUGGUAUUUCUUUUCACAUAUCAACACCCACUGUGUACGUUUGAAAGUGUAGUUGCCUAUUUAAAUUUGUAUUCAUUUUGUUUGACAGUGCUGGGUACUUUAGGGUUGUAUUUCCCCUUGUUAAUUAAGCUUUUGUUCUGUUUAGCUACUUUUUUGUACAUUUUGUUUUUGAGACUAUUACGAGUUUGCAUCUUCUCCACCCAUUGAAAGUCAUUUUGUUUUUGCCUGGAUUUGAUUCCAUAGCUAUAUGUAGUUAAGUACUGGGGCAACCUUUAACACCUCGACAUAUAAACUUGGUAGUUCAGGUGGUGGUGCAGAGACUGAUGCAGUCAACGUGAUUUCCUUGCAAAGCCUAGGAACAGCAAUUUGCUUCGGUCCAUAAAGAUCAAUAGAGAACAAUUCUCCUUAGUUUUCAGAAAACCACCUAAUUUAUAACAAUCAAUGAUUUUGGUAAACUUUUUCAUGCCAGAUGCUGUUUACAACAAUGAACAUGCCAAUAAAACAUUUGUUCAUUCUGUUGUGUUUUAA